AUGCCCUCAGCUCAGGAUCCAUUCUACGUUGUCAAGUCCGAGAUUCAAGAAUCUAUUGAUAAUUUGCAAUCUGCUUUUGAUCAAUGGAAACGUACUUCUGAUGCUGCAGAGCGAGUACGUGUUACAAAGGAGGUUGUUGCUGGAUGUGAAAGUAUAGAGUGGCAGGUGGAUGAAUUGGAAAAGGCCAUUGCUGUUGCUUCUAAGGAACCUUCUUGGUAUGGCAUUGAUGACGUGGAGAUUGAAAAUCGGAAGAGAUGGACAAGCAGUGCCCGUACUCAGGUUGUCACAAUGAAGAAAACAGUGGAUACUGGAAAGAGCUCAAGCACAACAGGCAUUAACGGGAUGCACCGAGAACUAAUGCGGCUACCAGAUUCCUACCAAACUCAUACAUCCAACCAUAAUGCUGCCAAUGACAAUGAUGAUUUCAUAGAAUCAGAAUCAGAUAGACAGAUGCUUCUUAUAAAGCAACAGGAUGAUGAAUUAGAUGAACUUAGUAUAAGCGUGCAAAGAAUUGGAGGCGUUGGACUCACUAUCCAUGAAGAACUCAUGGCACAGGAAAAGAUUAUAGAUGAACUCGGUAACGAGAUGGAUAGUACAUCAAAUCGUCUAGAUUUUGUCCAAAAAAAAGUGGCAAUGGUUAUGAAGAAGGCUAGCGCAAAAGGCCAGAUCAUGAUGAUAUUGGGCUUGUUGGCUCUGUUCAUUUUCCUAUUUUUCUUAGUCUUCCUUACAUAA